UUAACAGGGUAAAACAUAAAUAAACGAUAAUGCCGGACGCAAACGGACAAUGGCUUAAAUACAAUUGUGAAAUUGACGAGUGCAGUGCUAUAAAAUGACAACAUUUGGCGAUGAAGUCGAUGCCAUUUGGCCCCAACUGGAUGCACAAUUCCAAGAAAUGACCAAAUUUGGCCAACAACUGUUGCAGCGAUGUGAAUCCGUUAAGCCGGCGAAUCCCGAGGCGAUCAUCGAUGUGCAGGCGUUUAUUGCCAAGUCCACAGAGUUUCCAUUGGAGUUUGGCGUCGAGAGCUGUCGAGUGCUGAGUCAACCUGCCGAACGUCAUGGCAUCAUUGGCCAGCAGAUCGCCUCGGUUUAUCCCAUUAUACACGAACGCACGCUGUUGCUCUAUUUGCAAUUCCUGGAGCACAAAUGCGAGUGGGGCAACGAAGUGGAGCUGCCCGUGUAUCGUAAACUCUCGCUCCUGGACUUUGUGCAACGUUUGCUGACAAAGCGUUGCGCCAGCUUCUUUGCGCGCAACGAUAAAUUUCUAUUGUUGAGUGGCGAACGCGGCGCCAGCGGCUUUGAGCCCAUUGGCAGCCUGCAGGAGCAGGCGCCACUGCAGUUGGAGCAGGUGCUCAGUUACGAUGAAGUCAAACUAUCGGCGCUGCUCUCGGUCAGCUCGCACACGGAGUUCAUCAACGAAGGCGAGCGCACAAAUUGCGGUCGCGUGACACGGAAUCGAAGAAGUUUGGAGACGCAGGGCGUGAUCAUGGGGCUGAUUGGAGCGCGUCUCUCGCGACGCAAUCUGAUGGAGUUCCAGGACAUUGUGAUUGCACGCACACAAAACACCAAACAGCAGGGUUAUGGACAGAAGGAGGAGAUGACUCCGACGACACGAGAGCAGGAUUAUCGUCGAGUGUGGCGUCAUUUCUAUGAGACACCGGAUCAUUUGCAUGGCACCGUGAGCAUUGAUAACAAACGCUUUGGUGUCUCGGGCAACAAGCAGGAUGUCUUUGACAAUCUGGUCAUGAAGCGUCGCUACGCCAUCAGCUUUGAUAUGCUGCUCCUCGAGGCGCAAGCGCGUGCCCUCAAGGCCAACAAGCAGGCCUACAUCCAUGUGGUUGGCUUUGGCUUGGGGGUUUGGAAAGUGGCGCCGCAGCAGGAACAAAUCUUUCUGGAGACCUUCGAGCAACGUUUGCGUGUGCUUCACAAGCAACUCACUCACAUUGGCGUCGUGCACUUCUCGUGGUUUAAGCUGACGCGUUGCGGUGGUCUUCGGGAUGGCGCUGUGCUCAAGAGUUCGUCGCAUCCGUUGGGCGGCAUUCGUGUGCAUUUCUCCAAGCGCAAUCCGGCAGCGAAGCUCGAUAAACCGGAACAGGAGAACAUGCUGCUGGUUGUAUCGUAUGCCUGGGAUGGCAACGCGUUGCCCGGCAAUGAGUUUUGGAUGAAAAUGCUCAAGUCAACGGGUGACUCGUCCACCGCCUGCUCCACGCUCAUCACCGAGCUGCACAAUCCGCACAUCAACACGGACUACUGCAAUGGCAACAAUCUCCACAUUGCUUCGCUGCAGCACGGCGUGCUUCACAUCUCUGAGUAUGCCAAGAUUCUGCUAGCUCAAUCUAAAUGAGUCUAGUUUUUAUAUAGAUAUGUAUAUGUAUGUAUAUGCAUCUAUCGCAAUUAUUGACUUAUUAUUUUAUUAUUCCAACUUGUUACACACUUUCAAAGUGUUUUACAUAAAAUAUUGUUUUUACUUGAAUAAAUA